UAUAGCUUGCGUGCCAAUGCCAGUCAAGACAAUUGACCUGCAAGCCUAAACUAUCUACCUAUCUAUUUGUGGCUACACAUACUGCUCGUACCUCCUUCCCAGGUUGAAUAUUACUCAGAUACAUAAUUGACGGAGACAUCAGAAAGAUUAAUUACUUGUACUUACUUACCUGAACUCAUAUUGGUGGUACCGUGGUACACUGAAUAUGUGCACAGCGGAGACGCGAGCUGGACGCGAGUAUUCCGCUGAUAUUCAGGGCCUUCGGAGAUGAAUCACAGAAUUGGAAGGUAGCAAUGACAUUUGACAUUCGUCUUGCUGGGCGUCCUCCUAAAAGAGCCACCAGGGUAAUUUGCCCAAGGAAGUCCCCACCUUCAAGUUGACCGAGCUCGUCUCUUGCUUGUUCAGCGAUCUUUGUGCGCGCGACAUGGUACAUUCACAACAAAGUUUCUCGGUAAAAGAAGACAACAACAUCGAAAAGGGCGCGAGGUCUUCGCUAGAAACUUCCAACGGCGCUGAUGUUGUUGCGGACUCUGCAAUAGCAGGCAGAGUCUGGCGGAAACUCGAUUACCAUCUUCUCCCAAUUAUGUCAAUGUUUUAUCUCCUGUCGUUCUUGGAUCGAACGAAUGUUGGAAAUGCGCGUGUGGCGGGACUACAAACAGAUCUUGGAAUGUCGAACAAACAAUAUUGUAUCGCGUUAACGGUCACAUAUGUCCCUUAUAUCGUGUCUGAGUUACCUUCGAAUCUCGUUCUCAAGGCUGUCGGGCCCCAUUUGAUGCUUCCAACGAUGUUGACUCUUUGGGGAAUCGUCACCACGCUGCAGGGAAUUGUCGAUUCUUAUUCAGGUUUUCUGGCCUGUCGGUUCUUCCUGGGUCUCCUGGAGGGUGGCGUCUUCCCUGGACUUGUACUUUACCUUUCAUACUUCUAUCCUCGAUACAAGAUGAACACGCGCGUUACCCUGUUCUUUUCAUCUGCCUCUCUCUCAGGAGCAUUCUCCGGAAUCCUAGCGUAUGGAAUUAUUCGGAUGGACGGAGUAGGAAAUCGACCCGGAUGGUCUUGGAUCUUCAUUCUCGAAGGCCUAUUCACAUUUCUGUUCGGUCUUUCGUCAUAUUUCAUCUUUCCUCGAUCCCUCGACAAAACCUGGUUUUUGAGUCCUGAAGAGAAGAAUUACGUGAAGGGAAAAUUACUGGAAGAUACCCACAAGGAGGAAGAGGUAUUUAGCUGGAAAGAGGUCCUCGAGGCACUGAAGCUUCCUCAAUUGUGGCUCCUUGGCAUGGCGUUUUUCUUUGCCGCGACUAUCCUGUUCGGCCUGGCUUACUUUUCUCCGUCGAUUAUUCAAGGCCUUGGGUACACUGCAGCUGAUGCACAGCUGAUGAGUGUGCCGCCUUACGCUGUCGCUUGUGUCGUUGCUUUGAUUUCAUCUUUCAUUUCCGACCGUUAUCGAUGCCGAGGGGUUGUAUGUAUUGUAUCCGUGCUUCUCUGUGCUAUCGGGUUCGCAAUGUUCCUCGGAUCUGAAUCAAAGCGAGUCCAGUAUGGUUCUCUAUUCUUCUCUGUCACCGGUGCCUACAUGGCUCCACCCACCCAAGCUACGUGGAAUGCAAACAAUGCCUCCCCUCAGACCCGGCGAGCAACAGUGAUCGCCAUGGGCUUCAUCAUGGGCAACUCUGGUGGCAUUCUCGCCACUUGGCUGCUUGGCUCGUUGAGCCCUGCGCCCAAGUACACCAAGGCAACAAUCACGCUCUUAAUAUUUAGUCUUCUUGCAGCGCUAUUUUGUGCGCUCAAUAUAUUGUAUCUGCGGAUAGCGAAUGCUAGGAAGGCAGAACGAAGGAAAACGAUGGAUAGGGAAGAAGAAGCGCCUGGGCUUGGGAAUCAUAGUGCUUGGUACAUAUAUAAUUUGUGAAAAAUGAAUGAUUUUUCUGACCGAGGGAUAUUGGAAUCGGUCUGUCCUUGGAAAUGAAAUUACAAGUUAGCGCAC